CCCAUUCUUCAUCUUCUUCGUCCUAUCCUCUCCUCUCUUCCUCCAGCCGCCAUCGCUUCUCAGUUCACCUUCAUCAAUCGCAAGCAUCACUGCCGCAGAUGCGGGGGGUUAUUCUGCGGGACUUGUACGCAGCAGAGGAUGGUUCUGAGAGGCCAAGGCGAUUCCCCAGUGCGAAUUUGCGAUCCUUGCAAGCAGCUCGAGGAAGCCGCGCGCUUCGAGCUCCGCCAUGGUCACAAGAACAGGGCGGGCAAAGGAGCGAGUUCGAAAUCCGAAUCGAGAGAUGAGGAUGAAGUUUUGAAUCAGAUUCUA